AUGCCUCUGAAAGACUACCUUGCAAAGAGAUUUGAACCGCUUCUCCGGUGUCUCGAGGAUAAGCUUGAGCAGGGCGGUCACUUCCGAAAAGCCCAGCAGCUUCGCCGUAAACAGCACGAAUGGCGCACCUAUCAGCCUCAACUUCCGGAGCAUUUCGAUUCCUACUACAUAGCCCAGCAUGCCUACCGUUGCCUCAUACAGCGCGAGGCCUAUUUACAAAUUCAGCAUAAUACUCUCUUCCAGCAGCUGAACGAGGGCCGGCCUGUAGCAGAUACGUUGGUGACAGAGAUGGAGAGUAUUCAAAAAGACCUGCAAGAUUUCAAUCGUGCUAUUUGGAAUGCGGAACUAGAGAUACAGAACAUACUCAGAAACUUUCCAGAUGGGCCCUUCAAGCGUGCUCUACCGAAUGUGCAGACUUGGGUGGAUGUUGUGGCCGAGGGUGUAGUUGUUGCAUGA